AUGGAUGGGACAAAGCCGGCCAUGGAGUCCAACGCGGAGGAGACCCAGGACGAGGGACAAGAGAGCAAAGGAUGCUUCGAGUGCUGCAUCAAGUGUCUGGGCGGGGUGCCCUACGCCUCCCUUGUGGCCACCAUCCUCUGCUUCUCAGGCGUGGCUCUGUUCUGCGGCUGCGGCCACGUGGCGCUGACCGGCACCCUGACCAUGCUGGAGAACCAUUUCUCCAGGGUCACCAGCGACCACGCCACCCUCACCAUGGUGAUCCAGAUCUUUCAGUACAUCAUCUACGGCAUCGCCUCCUUCUUCUUCGUCUACGCCAUCAUCCUGCUGGCUGAGGGGUUUUACACCACCAGCGCCAUCAAGAAGGAGCUGCAGAGCGACUUCAAGACCACCGUCUGUGGACGCUGUAUCACCGCCUUCUUCAUGUUCCUGACCUACAUCCUCGCUCUGGCCUUCCUCGCCAUCUUCGGCUUCACGGCGAUCCCCGUUUUCCUCUUCUUCAACAUGUGGAAUACCUGCGCCGCCAUGAGGUCUCCUGAUGCCAACAUCACCUCGCCCGACUCCAUCUGUGUGGACGUCAGGCAGUAUGGUAUUAUUCCCUGGAACGCCACGCCGGGAAAAGCUUGUGGAGCCACACUGGGAGACAUCUGUAGCACAAGCGAGUUCUACCUGUCCUACCACCUCUACAUCGUUGCUUUAGCCGGUGCCGGAGCCACCGUCAUCGCAUUGAUCCACUACCUGAUGAUUUUGGCGGCCAACUGGGCCUACCUGAAGAGCGCCGUCUCCACGCACGAAUACCAGGACAUCAAGACCAAGGAUGACCAGGACCUGGAGGCCGAGGCACGCUCCAAGGAGGGCCAGAACUCCUCCUACUCAUAAGGACAAGAGAUCCUGUCCCGCCGCCACCACCAGUCUCCACUCCACACCCCAAACCCCCACCCGACAACACCC